CUGGGGAAACUGAGGUCCGAAGGCCAGUGGGAGGGAAACCGAGGACCCCGGAUGUGCCUUGAGGUCUCUUGCACUCCUGGGGUACGCUCGUUGCUCUGUUUCGUUGGGCCACACUCCACGGUGCUCGGGCCUUACACCGGCCUCCGGGCCCGGGACUCACUCCUGGCUGUGCUCGGCGAACCAUAUGUGAUUCCAGGAUUCGAACCCAGGUGGGCUGUGUGCCAGGCGAUCUCCGCAGCCCCUCCGGGCCCACACAUCUUGUUUCGGUUUGGGGGCCAUGCUCACGGCUUACCCUCGGCUCUGGCCUCAGGAAUCACUCUUGGCGGGGUGCUCAGGGGAGGGCCACCGGGGAUCGAACCCACGUCGGCCACAUGCGAGGCAAAUGCCUUCCCCACUGUCCACUCUCCUCUCUCUCAGGCCGCCCAAGCCCGCACUUUGAGCCCCACGCCGCAGUAGGCAGAGCCCGGCACCUCCCCGCCCCCGCGCCCCGCUGCCCCGAGGCGGGUGAACCCGCUCUCUUGGCAGGCCCUUGGCUGCGGUGUCCUUUAUCUCACGGACAGCCCGCGGCCCUCUCUGCUUCCUGCCUGUCUCUCUGCACACCUCGGGCUUCCUUCUGAGUGGCCUGCGGAGAGUCAGCCCCGUGAGCGGCGCCCACCGCGGGGCCCCGGGGGUCCCGUCUGCUUCUUGCGGGAGGCCUCUGCAGUGGCCCAGCAGGGACCGGCAGCCGCGAUGCCAGGAGCCUCACGCCCGGGAGACGCGAGCUCGUGUCCGGAGCCAUGGACAGGACCGGCGGGGGCCCCGCAGCUCUGAGGCGCUGGACCGCGGCAGCCGUGGUGUGCCCUGGGGCCGGCCGGAGCCUGGCCUGCUGAGCCCGCCGGGGCGCGCCUCCCUGGAUGGGGCGCGGGGCCCUGGACCUGGCGCUGGUGUGGAGGGCAGGGCUGACGCUGGGGCUCGUGCUGCUCUACUACUGCUUCUCCAUCGGCAUCACCUUCUACAACAAAUGGCUCACCAAGAGCUUCCACUUCCCGCUCUUCAUGACCAUGCUGCACCUGGCCGUCAUCUUCCUCUUCUCGGCGCUGUCCCGGGCAGUGGUGCAGUGCUCCAGCCACCGUGCCCGUGUGGUGCUCAGCUGGGCCGACUACCUCCGGAAGGUGGCCCCCACAGCUCUGGCCACUGCCCUUGAUGUGGGACUGUCCAACUGGAGCUUCCUCUACAUCACCGUCUCACUGUACACGAUGACCAAGUCCUCGGCCGUCCUCUUCAUCUUGAUUUUCUCUCUGAUCUUCAAGCUGGAGGAGCUGCGCGCGGCGCUGGUGCUGGUGGUGCUGCUCAUCGCGGGCGGCCUCUUCAUGUUCACCUACAAGUCCACGCAGUUCAACCUCGAGGGCUUCGCGCUGGUGCUGGGCGCCUCCUUCAUCGGCGGCAUCCGCUGGACGCUCACGCAGAUGCUGCUGCAGAAGGCCGAGCUCGGCCUGCACAACCCCAUCGACACCAUGUUCCACCUGCAGCCGCUCAUGUUCCUGGGGCUCUUCCCGCUCUUCGCCGUGUUCGAAGGCCUGCACCUGUCCACGUCGGAGAAGAUCUUCCGCUCGCAGGACCUGGCGCUGCUGCUGUGGGUGCUGGGCAGCCUCUUCCUGGGCGGCCUCCUGGCUUUCGGCCUGGGCUUCUCCGAGUUCCUGCUGGUCUCCAGGACCUCCAGCCUCACCCUCUCCAUCGCCGGCAUUUUCAAGGAGGUCUGCACCCUGCUGCUGGCGGCCCACCUGCUGGGCGACCAGAUCAGCCUGCUCAACUGGCUCGGCUUCGCCCUCUGCCUCUCCGGCAUCUCCCUGCACGUGGCCCUCAAGGCCAUGCACUCCAGAGGCGAGAGGCCCCCGAAGGCCCUGAGGGUGCUCGGCUCCAGCCCCGACCUGGAGCUGCUGCUGCGGAGCCACGCGCAGGAGGAGGAGGAGCACUGCGCGGACGAGGAGAAGGAGUACUUCGUGGCGCAGGGCCCGCCGUGACGGCCGGGGGCUGGGCCUGUGCCGGGCGUGUUCUCUGGGAGAGCGGGUCUAUUUAUCCUUUGCAAAUAAAGGCUUUCUGGUCCACG